AUGCCCCAGUCCAGCCUAUGCUCCCAAGUUCAAGUCCAAAGUCCCAUAGUUCAAAGCUCCAAGUUAACCCUAAUGCUCCUAGUCAACCAAUCCCCCAGCCAGUUAUUAGGAGAUCUAGCAGAAUAUCAAAGCCACCUGAUAGGUUCAUUGAAAAGUUCUGAAACUGCAUGUAUUUUAAAAGUCAAUAAACUUUAUGAUAGACUAUGUAUACUCCCCCCCCCCCAUUAUAAGAGAAAAUCUCUGGACAUAGAAGUGCAUACUCAACCAGCAGGAGCUACUAGAGUAUACAUACAUGUAGUAUAUUUUAUUGUGUUAACUUUGCUUUGUAGCAUUCAAGGUCUAAUGAGACUUGAGUAUAGACACUUUAUCUAG